CAAAAAAUAUAUAUAAAAUGGACAAAUGUGGUAUCUGUCAGGUUUUACCUUCCAAAUAUAAAUGUUCGACAUGUAGACUACCUUAUUGCUCUUUGCCAUGUUAUAAAAGUCAUAAAGAGAUUCCUUGUCAGCCUGUACAACCUACUCCACAACCAGAGCCUGAAUUUGAAAGCAAUGCAAUAGGAAUGAACAAUCAAGUUGAAGAUGAGGACGAGGAUGAAUCAACACGACUCACAGACGAACAAUUGCAACAAUUGGGUCAUUCUGAUCAAGUUCGAUCCUUCUUAAAGUACCCUCAGAUACGACAACUCAUUACCAAAAUAGACACAUCCAGUCGACCUGACAAACUACUGGAAAUGAUCCGGAACGAAGACUCAGUAUUUGAGGAAUUUGUACAGUCUCUUUUACAUACUACCGGUACCCAUCCUGACUCUCUUUGAACUCCAUUGUAUUAUUUUCAUUCCAUAUAAUUAUGUACAUCAUGCAUCCCUUUUGUUUUAAUAAAGAUCAUUUAUUUUAUACAUUGAAA